UACAGCCGAUUCGUUUCAUAUCUAACAAACAUGGCGGAAUCUACGAACAAUUCGGAAGAUGACCGACUGUCAUGUAAGAUUUUAAUUAUCGGUGCUGGUAUGGCUGGAUUAUCGGCGGCGACACAUUUUUUAAAAAACAAUGUGACAGAUUUUCUCAUCGUCGAGGCGCGCGGACGUAUAGGUGGACGAAUCGUUGCAGCGCAAGUCGGCAAUGAAAAAGUUGAAUUAGGAGCAAAUUGGAUCCAUGGAGUGUUAGGUAAUCCAAUGUUUGAGUUGGCAAUGGCAAAUGGUUUAAUAGACAUUGUACAUGUGCCGAAACCUCAUAAAGUAGUGGCAGCAUUAGAGGAUGGAAAACAGUUGCCAUUUCCCGUGCUGCGAGAGAUUUACGAGGCUUAUGUAUGUUUUUUGAGACGAUGCGAAGAAUACUUCCUGAGCACAUACAGUCCACCGGAUGGUAUAAGCAGCGUAGGGGCACACAUCGCCCUGGAAGCAGAGAUAUAUCUGUCAUCUUUGCCACCUGAACAACGAAGAAUAAGACAACUGAUCUUUGAUUGUUUACUCAAGAGAGAAACCUGUGUCACGGGUUGUGACAGCAUGGAUGAUAUUGAUCUUCUGGAAAUGGGUUCCUAUGACGAACUUCAAGGUGGUAACAUUAGUCUUCCAAAUGGAUAUAGCGCUAUAUUGGAACCAGUUUCAAAACACAUACCAAAGGAUCAUAUUCUUACUAAACAUGCUGUGACAAAAAUUAGAUGGCAGAAACCAAAGUGUUGUCAAGACAAUGUCGAUCUUAAAGGAAAAUCUGAUUCUAAUUCGAAUACCCUUAUAGAGGUGCAAUGUGAAAAUGGAAAAACGAUUGCUGCACAGCAUGUAGUAUGUACAUUACCAUUGGGAGUAUUGAAAAAGACAGCUCAAGACUUGUUUGAACCGUCGUUACCUGCAUACAAACUCGAAGCAAUAAACAGAUUAAUGUUUGGUACAGUGAAUAAGAUAUAUCUUGAAUAUGAACGGCCUUUCCUAAAUCCCGGUGUAUCGGAAGUGAUGCUCCUCUGGGAUGACGAACGAUUAUCUGAGACUGAUAAAUGGGACAUCAGCAAGACCUGGUUCAGGAAGAUAUAUUCGUUCAUCAAGAUCUCUGACACGCUGCUGCUCGGUUGGAUAUCCGGUCGCGCGGCGGAAUACAUGGAACAGCUUAGUACCACACAAGUGGCAGAAGUGUGUACGACAAUUCUGCGACAGUUCCUUAACGAUCCCUUUGUACCGACCCCAAAGAAUUGUUUGCGUACGACGUGGCAUUCUCAACCUUAUACACGAGGUUCUUACACUGCGAUGGCUGUCGGAGCGAGUCAAUUGGACAUCAAGAGUUUGGCUGAGCCAUUGAUUCAGGAGAAAACGAAAAAUGAGAAAGCGGACGAAAUGGUCAAAAUUCUAGUGGCAUUUGCGGGCGAACAUACCCACUCCUCAUUCUAUAGCACUGUACAUGGAGCAUAUUUGACUGGUCGAACAACAGCUGAAUUACUCUUGGGCAAACAGAGUGAGAAGCACUCAUUAAGUCUUAGUUGCGACGAUACCAGCGACCUUAGUUCUUGGAUACAAGGCAUUUCUUUAAAUUAAUGCAUAUUUUUUCCAAGAAAGAAAACGUGUGACAAUUAAAAACAUUUAGACAGUAUAUACAUUUACAUUUGUAUAAUUAAGUUCUUUUUGUAAAUAGUGUAGUGAAACAGUUGUUAUUUUAUCAAUACAUCAUAUAUAUAAUGGUGCUUCUUAAGACUUUAAGACUUUAUAAUUACAUGUGAAUAACAUGUGCAUUUAAUAGAAAUAACGAAUUCCUUUUAAGGAAUAACGAAUAAGGCUUAGGGAUAUAGAACACCGAAAUUACAUAUUAGCGACAUUGUGUCACAAUGUCACAAGUGCUGUAAAUGUCACGAAUAUAUACGGCGAAAAUAUUUGCGUUUGGAUGUGAGAAUUUCUUGAAAACGAUGACAAAUGAUACUUGUUCAUGCAAGCGUUUUAUUUAAAAAUCGAAUUAAUCGAUUUAUUACCAUUUACUAUAUUCGUGUGUGAAUUCAAAUAAACCUAACUCUAAAUUUGUGUGUGUGUGUGUGUGUGUGUGUGUGUGUGUGUGUGUGUGUGUGUGUGUGUGUGUGUGUGUGUGUGUGUGUGUGUACGUGUGUGCGUGCGUAUGUGUGCAAAAGUGCAUCAUAUACCUUUAUUCUUAUUUUUUUCGCGUUUCAUACAUUUAUUCUCAUAUGCCAAUUACUCACUUGCUUAAUUUUUUAUUAUCAUGUAUUAUUAUCUACCAUUUUACACUUAUUGUUUAGAAAAGAAAAGUUCCACCAUGAAUUAACUUAAUCUAGUCAUUGAAAUUGAGAUAAAUAAAAAAGUAUUUGAUAAAUAAUAGCAAAUUAUCGCACGAUGCUGAAACAGAGUUUUACAAGAUAGAACAUUUAUGUACUUGUGUACAUAGGUGUUUUAUGUUUUCAAUUGCAAUUAUGUGCCAUAGAUUGAGUAUUAAGAACCUGUAAAAUGUUAAAAGAAGAAGAUAUGAGACAUCUGUCUUUUUAAAAUAGUUUAAGUAUAACAUACAUAUGUAAAUUAAAAAUUCGAAAUUAAUGAAAAUAAAGGAUGUUAUUGUUUAUUAAUAAA